AUGGACGGCUAUCCCGUCAACCCGGCGUCGCUGCAGUCGCCUCUUGGCCGUGGGUCCCGCACCCCAUCAGUGUCGUCGCCCAAUAUUGUUUCGCCCAACAUUCUGGCUUCCACCCCGGCACCGACUCUGCGAUCCCGGAACAGUCCCACGCCCAUGCCCCAUUCUCCCUCCGGCAGCAACCUGCCGCAUUAUCCGACCUGGGACCGUUCCUCGCCGACGCCCGGCUCGCCGUCGUCGGCCCGCAGGCUGCCCAUGAAUGCCGACAAGGAGGAUGAGAUCUUCAGGAGCAGUCCCAAUCACUCGACACAUCGGAUCUGCAUCGACAGCGGAGACGGUCGCAUGGACCAUCGCUGCUCCGCAUUGGCUGUUGGUCGCUUGCACAUCCAGGCGCCACCUUCGGACUGUCGCUUCGAAUCGAAUCGACCGGCCUCACCUCACGACUACUUUCCGGCUGCUCACGAGAACCUCGCCCAGAUCAAGGCUGCCCGCUCUGCAUCCCGCCGCACCUCCACCUCGUCGCUGCGCUCGGUGGUGCACUCGUACGGAUCCGACUCUCCGCACUACGAUCUCCCGACUCCUGGCAGCACAACCUCCAACAGCAACGCAUGCGUCUUCUCGCCAACCUCAACACCUGUCGCUCGCAAGCGCCGCCCCGGCUCAAACGGCCUGCCGGCCAACGUGGUCCAGGAAGCCACGCUGAUUUCCCUAAACUCUCCAGCACCGCCCUCCCCCUCGGCCAACAGGCUCCGGCCCGGCGCUUUUCCGGUUGGCGGAGCAGAGAAGCUGGUUGUCGACAUACCCAUCAUCGUCGACGGCCAGGGCCUCUCGCUGACGGACAUUGAUAUGACUGGGGUGCCACCGGCUGUCGAGAACUCUGUCUUGGUUGUCGACGAUCGCACCCUCGACCCUGCAAAUGAGGCCGACGGCGAGUCCAAGUCUGCUCUGGAUCCAUCUGCGUUCGUGGGUGAGCGUACUGCUUACUCGCGGGCGUCCGUUCGCACCCUCCGUGACUUUCCCAUCGAAGAGAUGGACGAGGAGCCCGACCACACCGACCACACCGACCACACCGAUCAGCGCCCUCACCCAGCUCCUGCCGGUGCAGCGCCCGCUUCCGACACUGCCGCUGCGACAGAGGGCAUUCACGAAAACGACACAUCUAUGGCUGACACCACCUCGGGAGAAGUACAGCCAUCGCGCGCCAACGAUCAUGGCCCCGGCUACGAUCCCGAGUCGCAGAAUACUCCGCCGAGCAACAACAUUCUUCCCCCGUCUCUGACCGAGUAUCGCCGCCCAACCCUGCAUGAGGAGCUGCAGCAGCAUACUCAACGAGAGGAGCAGAUGCGUAUCGAAGAAAUAAGUCGCCAGCGGCGGGACUAUGAGCUCAGCCAGGCCAGGCCACAUGGGCGUCAAACCCCUCAGCAACGAGACCCACGCCAGGCACAGUUCGAUGGCGCGACCCCGGAUGAGCUGGACCGAUUGCCUGUCCAUGCGGCCAUGCAAGAUCACCUGGAGUACGAGCAGGAAAUGGCGCAGGACCCAGUCCGAGCCAGUCGCCGCAUCUCAUCACAACUCUAUCCCGUCGGCGGCCUGGACGACCAGGAGCCGGCCCUGACUACAGCAGACCUCGGCUAUCCAUCAGGCCACGCACCCGAGUUUGCGCAUGCCACUUCGCCCCGAUCAGCAUCGCUGGAAGAGCACAGCGUCACGGACGUCAACAAUGCCUCAUUCAUGAGCGCCCCAGCAUCGUCCAGAUCCGCGACGCCCCUGCGUGUGUCAACGUCACGGAGCAUGGCCGCAUCGCUGCAGUACCAUCCGUCAGCACCAACCUCUGCUGGGGUUCCUCUGGCCCUUUCCGCACACCAAAGUAGCCACAUGGAUCCGCUCAUUCACAUCCCCGAGAAUUGGAUGGCGACCCCUGCUCCGUCGCGCGUGCGAGAUCGCUCCUACGGAACGCCGUCGCUCAGGACGCCGAAUGUGAACCGAAACCUAUCUCUGCUGGAUACCCUCGGAAACGACUUUACUACGCCCACAAGCACCCUCCGGUACACGCAGCGCGACAUGGAUGAUGCCCGCCGCAAGCUCGAGGAAAAGUUUGAAAGAGAGUUUGAGCUCGCGCAGCUGGAGAUUCAGGAAGUGGAGCAGAGGAAUCUGAAGCUCAGCCAGGAAUACCGAAAGAUUCAAGAGACGCUCCAAAAGUUCGAGGCGGAGAUUCGCAGCAUGAUUCAUGAGAGGGAACGAGACCGCGAGCAAGUCAAGCAGCAAGAGGAGAGCUUCCGACAGCAGAUGCACAAGCUGAAGGAAGAGAAGGAGCGGGUUAUGAAGGAUAACGAAGUCGCUGUCCUUCGAUUCCAACAGCAGAAGCGAGAUAUGGAGGAGCUACGACUGGAAAACAAAGCUCUUGACGAGCUGGUUAUCAAGACCCGCAGCGAGCUGGCGAAUAGCGAGCGACGGUUUGACACGCUGCGGGCACACGCCGAGGAGAAGUUGGAAAGCGCCAACAUUGAAAUCGCACGGGUGCGUGCCUCACACGAAAAGGACAUGUCGGCUCAGCGAGCAAAGCUGCAGCGAGCCGAGCUACAGAUCAAGUCGAUCGAGAAGACUGUUGAAACAAAGACGCUGGAGAACCAGGAGCUGACCAAGCUCUGUGAUGAGCUUUUGGAGAAGCUCGGCGGGCAGUGA